UUCACCUAAAAUAAAAACCUCACUUUUGGAUUUAUGUUUUUAAUAAAAGUUUUUUGAUACAUAAACAUACUUCCAAAGGAAAUAACUAAAUACAUAUUUUAACUUUUUUUAAUAAAUUCAUAAAUUUUUUUUUUUUUUUUUUAAUAGAAGCAUGUUGGCUCUGUUGCUGUGUUGUUUACUGGUUGAGGAAACUAGGAGUGGUGUUGCAAAGGCAAGGGGUUGAGUAUAAUGAGGUCACACCCUGGCAGUCAUGAUCACCCUCCCCGCCCACUGUGCCGUGACUGACACAUGUUUUCCUACCACUUUCACUAUAGCCCACCAACAAUAGCCGUAGUGCUGCGAAGGAGCUGUCCAUGGUACUGAGAGCGGGAACGGUGAUAUCAAGUGUAUGCGAGGUUGAGAGAGAGCCAAUAGCAGGAGGAGGGUGGGGGUGUGUUCUUUGUGUUUUGAAGCCUGAGUUAAUCUGCUGUGGCAUCCACUCAGAGAGCAGCCCUUCAUCCGAGAACCAGCACAGCCUUUCCUCAAGUACAUUCUUCACAAAAACAAGGAAGACUUCACUUUAGAAGCUCUUUUGAUUCAUCCUGGAAGACUCUUGUGAACGUAUAUUUUCUUUUGCGCUAUAGCCUGACUUUGAAAAGUGCAUGUGGAUGGGAAUGAGGAAGGAUGCAUUUCUCUGGUUAUGAUUGUAAUGUUGACAGGCUUUAGUAGGUGUAGCGUGUACAGAUGAGGAGGAGAGGAUCUUUUUCGGACGGGAGUUACGUGCUGCACAGACCCAGUGUGCUCAAGGUUGUUUGGCUACAAGAAGCUGCAGGCUGUCACUGUCACGGCUGCAUCUUCCUGCCCUCCUGCACCUGGAUCCCAGGAUUUAGAGUUUGCAGACUAGAGAGUGACUUCACAAUGGCCUGAAUUUUCCCUGCAGGACUACAGAUGGAACCUCAGGAUAUAAGUCAGGUUUUGUCUCAGGCUUCGAGAGUCUAAAUGGAUUUACCUGAACUGGUUCACACCACAACCUGCAGGGACCUAGUUCCUCGAACUCCCUGCUGGAAUGCCUGUAAGCAAUGAUUAGCUCCAAAGAGGACGGUUCUUUGAAGUUUUUCCAGUAUGUUGAAGACUGUGGACUAAGAGCAUUUAAGGGAUUGGUCACACCAAACCUCGGCCACAUGUGGUAUGAAAAAAACAGGAUUAACUUUCAGGAGAAAAACGACAAGAAGAGAAAGCAGGAAGACAGCAUUAAAAGGCAAGAGGAGGUGGUCACAGAGGGUAAGCACCUGCGAAUGGGCUCCAUGAGCAUGCCGGCCCCUGCGGAGCACGUGUCCCCUCACCAGCAGCAGCCCCCCUGCAACACGGGUUUUGCGGUUCGCUCCCAGUCCCUCCACUCAGUGGGAGGAGGGGAAGAGGAGGGAAGCCCCACAUCCCGCAAGCAGCCCCCACCCAAACCCAGACGGGACCCCAACACCAAGCUCAGCAUCUCUUCUGAAGCUGUAGACCUCAGUCCCACCAAAGGCGAUGAUUUAGAGAGGUUCGAUGGAACACAAGGCUGCAGUGAGGACUGCCGGAAAGUUCCCCCACCAAAACCCAAACGAAAUCCCAACACACAACUGAGCACUUCAUUCGACGAAUCAAACUUUCUCAAUCAUGGUUCAAGAGGUUCGCCCACCUUGCCAUCUUCAAGAAAUGGCCAGGCUCCAUCUCCUCCUCAGACCCAGGGCCCACAUCAAGACAUGGAUGAACCAGUCUACAUUGAGAUGUCUGGAAACGCGGCCCCUCGUGAACCUACCCCUCAUGUUGAGGAUGAUGAGCCAGGUGAGGCCGUUUAUGAAGAGAUGAAGUAUCCUGCUCUGGACGAGUACGACUCACGAUGGGAUCUGUCAAACUACCGCUCUCAAUGUCCCACUCCUUGCCCACCUGAAGUUGAUAUCCACACUCCUCUAAGUCGUUGCAACACACCUAGGGGGAUGUCUCUUUGUGACAUCCCUGCCCCUUUCCCCAAUCUGUUGAGCCACAGACCACCUUUACUGGUUUUCCCUCCAGCCCCAGCUCAGUGCUCGCCGAACUCGGACGAGUCUCCACUCACGCCUCUAGACAUGGCCAAGAUUCCCACGUUAGAUAAUUCAUCGUACAGCAAGUCUCCAACCUCAUCCUCCCUGGAAACGUCUGCCUCUACCUCGCACUCCAGGCGUGCAGAGAGGGAGCUAACAGCUACUCCUACCUUAACUGUGUCAGGGCGAUCCUCAGCGCCGCCGCUUUCCUGCGCACACUACAAAAGUUCCUCCUCUUCACAUGCCUAUCAGCGUAGUCACUCGGCCUGUCCCUCACCUGUUAGCAUGGGCCGCAGCCUAACACCUCUUAGCCUCAUGCGGUCACCACCUUUUGAUGGCCCGUUUCCUGGAGCUGGCAUUCCUCGAAGCGCCUCUGCAACGCCUCACGGAAAGGGUUCACCGCCUCAGGAUGUCGCUUCAGGGGGACGCCACCACGGCUCUAUGCAGAAUGUCUCAGUAGUCCGCUCAAGGACGCCUACAAGCCCACUGGAUGAGCUAACCAACCUCUUCACCACUGGCAGGAAUAUGCUGAAGAAGAAUACCAGCAGCAGAAAAAGCAAGGAGUCGGGAGAGAGUGAAUCCAAGGGAAAGAGCCACAGCUCUGAGUCCAAACGUGAGCACAAAGAGCGGAGCCAUCACAGCAAAGAGUCCAAACGAGACAAGGACCGCAGCAGCAGUGGGAAAUCACAUCGGCGAGACAGCAAAGACAAAGAACCGAAUGGGAUUGAAGCCUUUUCUCAACGUGACAGCAAGGACUGUGGCUGUGGAAAUAUUGAGCAGUCAACUAGAAGAGACAUCAAGGACAGGGGAUGUAAUGGUCCAGAGCUGCCUCCUAGACCAGAAAGCAAAGACCGAGGCUGUAGCACAGAAGCGCUGCCUCGGCGAGAUAGCAAAGACAGAGGCUGUAAUACUGCGGAGCCGUUGCUUAGACGGGACAGUAAGGACAGAGGCUGCAACACUGUAGAGCCGUUGCACAGAUGGGACAGUAAGGACAGAGGCUGUACCACUGCAGAGCCCAAGCACAGACGGGACAGUAAGGACAGAGGAUGCAAAACUGCUGAACCGUUGCACAGACGGGACAGUAAGGACAGAGGCUGUAACACUGUAGAGACGUUGCAGAGACGGGACAGUAAAGACAGAGGAUGCAACACUGCUGAACUGUUGCACAGACGGGAGAGUAAAGACAGAAAUAAUAUUCCAGAAGUCUUGCCUAGGAAAGAGAGCAAAGAACUGCUACGAAAUGGUUUAGAUACCAGAUGGGACAGCAGAGAGAAAGUUUGCUACCUGAUAGAUCUGCCUCCCAGACAUGAAUGUAAGGAUGUGGGAAGAACUGGGCUCGAAAGUCGUCGGGACAGUAAGGAUAGCAGCAGGCACGGUGCGGAAUCCAUUCAGGACAAGGAGAAGAGCCACGGUGCAGAGAUCAGGGGGAAGGAAAGGAUCACCAAUGGCAGUGAUUUAAUGAGCAGGCGGGACUGCAAAGAUAGACAUAGCACUGAGUCACCCAAAGCACACAACAGGGACACAAGGUCAGGAUCUUCGGUGACGGCGUCUUCCAGCCGGUCUGGACGGUCUUCCAUUAGUUCAAUGAUGGGGAACUCAAAUUCUGACUUCAAGACAGUUCCCAAGCAAGGCCGGUCGUUCUCCACACCAUCUCCAAUAAGCACACCUCAAAGACGACCCUCCGAUCUCCAACAGAUGCACCCAAUGCCGUGGCUGUACGACGACAGCACCAUGCUGGAGCAGAUUGAGAGGAAACAGCGACUCUGUCGAGAGAUCAGAUCCCAUCAGCGGCUUCCUGAUCGUAGCCCAUGCAAGAAAGAAAGCCCGCCUAAUGUGCCCAGCUGGAAAACAAACAACGGGGCGAAGAAGCACGGGCCGCCCCCUUACCCCGCUCAGAACACAGUCUUCUGGGACACGGCCAUUUGACCUUCUGGUCUUGUGAGCACUUUAUUGGGUCACGCUCUGCCCUAUAUUAUCACACAGGGUUGUAGCAGCCAAUCAGAGCGUGCUCCCGCCAGAGGAUGUGCAAGACUGGGUUACCAUAGCAAUAUUUCCUUGAGGUUUUCUUAUCGUUGUGGAUAUUUAAUAUUUUUAUACUCCACGUGAUGACCUAGUAUCCAUAGAUAUUUUCGAAAUUACAUGGAAUAUCUUUGCAAAGUUUAUGUAGAGUUAGCCUAAUGCAGUUGUUUUUUUUCUAUCUUUAUUUGAUUUUGAAUUAAGUUUCUCGCAAAACACAAUCAGUACCUUCGCAUCAAUAGCUUUUACUUGCCUUUCUAUUUUAAGACCUCUAGAGACGAUGCUUCGGUGGUUUUGUGCCACACUGAAUGAAAUCUAUUGUAACACUGGAUGUUAUGGUGAAGGGAUUAGGGCUAGCUUACUUCUUGCUGCCUUUCCACGCUUUAUUCAAUCAUUUAUUUGAAUGUUUAUUUAUAUAGGAAGGAAACAAAUCAACGAUUUAGCAACUGUUUUAAUCACGCUGUCAUCUGUUUGGCCUUUAGUAAGUCAUUUAAGUAGCAGGUUGCAAAGAAUGACAAAUUAGGGUCAGGUCAUUGCACAGGCUAUAAGGGUAACAGUUUUCCUGUGUGAAAUGGGACCGUGUUUGAUCUGUGUGUGUAUAAUGUAUGGCAUUUCAAUCUGUAAUAAUGGGGUGUAGACCAUCUCCUCUUUGGGUCUGUGGCAAUAGACGGCCAAUGAGAAUCCUUUGAUGUGCACAAUGAGGAUGGUCACCCGGAGAUUAAUGACAAUCUGGAAUAUCAAAGCUGUAUUUUUUGCAACUCAGCGUUAUUUAAGAUUCGUAUACAUAUACUGAUAAUUGUAAAAUGAAGAGUUGUUUUUUUGUGCAGUGGUCUUGUAUAGAAUGACUGUGCCAUUAUUUAUCAUACGUUAAUUGAGGAGAUUGGUUGGCGACUGCCACAAAUGCUUGUUAUUAUUAGCGACACAAACCAAUGAGCAAUAGCUCUCUGCUAUUGUACGUUUGUAUAACCCACGGCUGCGAGGCCAGGUAACAGGGAUUAUAGCUGCAUAAACAAAGAGGCUGUACACAAGAGAGCUGCGAUUUUGCCAUCCUCUGCCACAUAUUGCUUAGCCGGAUACCUGCCACUCUCCCUCUACCUCUUAGAUCAGUUCAAGUGGUCAUUCAUUUGCACAACCAAUGCAACAUUUGCAUUGCCAAAGUACUUGGUUCCUAGUAGUAUCCCCAACCCUCAUUCCUCCCUUUGACCUCCAUGUUUGAAAUCGAUACCGGUACAACAUGUGUUGCCUUGGAGACCGAUACUCACUGUAAUUGGGUCACACUGAGUGAGAGGUCACAGAGACAUAUUGUACAUCAGUUGCUAGGUUGGGAUUUGGAGAAGAAAUCAAACUUAUGAAUUACUUAAGUGUUUUGGGCAAAAGUGCCCAAGGAGAAAGUCCAUAACCUGGGGUACAUAGUGUCAAAAACAUGGAGGUUCAGAGUUGCUCAACCGUUUGUAUGUGUGCAAGCCUACACUGUAUGCAGGUAAACAAUAAAGAUGAUUGUUUGAAAUUCA